GCUUGUUAUAAUAGGAUGCUGCGUGACCACCGCCACCAUUGUGGCUGGUGCAGCCGCGUGAAGAUGCGGCUUUUAAAAUGUUGCCUUGUCAUAUUUUGUGUGUUGAUCGUGCAUUGUUUUGCCCUCAACUGCCGAUCGGAUGGAGGUCCUAAAGACGAUGAACUGAAAAGGAUAUAUAUGAACUGCUUAAGAAGAAAUGAGGGAAGAAACUUCAGUGACAGCAGGCAUUCUGACCAGGACUGGAGAGAAUCGAGGAAGAAAAAUCAAAACCGCUGGGACAUGAGAGACGACCGUUCAAGUAGAGAAGACAGAACGGGCAGUCGGGUUGACAGACAUGAUCAUGAUAGAGACGAUGAUGGAAGUUAUGACAGGGGUAGAAACGAUAGAAUGGGUAGCAGAGAUCGCAUGGGAGGUAGGGACAGAAUGGAUAGCGAUGAAAGAAGUAACGGUAGGCACUAUCAGAGUGACGGAAGGAAUGAUAGGAUGGGUGGACGAGGUGAUAGGAUGGAUGGACAAAACGAUAGAAAUGGUAGAGAUGAAUGGAUGGGGCGUGACGAUAGGUAUAGACGAGAUGACUUGAUCAACGGCAGGGAAGAUUUCCACAGCCAAGAAUAUGGAAACGAUCGUUUUAAUCCGUACCGUGGCACGCAGAAUUCCCAGAGAUACCGGCGCGAGCGUCCUAGCAAGAACUCUGGGUACCGGAGCCAGUAUAACCCCAACUCCUCGCGGUCCGGCGACGGCAACGACGAGAGAAACUCCAACGAGAACAACUCCAGCAGGGAUAGUGACACGAAAGGAUGCGUGCUGCAUUGCUUCCUCGAGGAAUUAGAGAUGACUGGUGACAACGGCAUGCCGGAUAGAUACCUCGUAACACACGCGAUUACGAAAGACGUGAAGAAUGAAGAUUUAAAAGAUUUCCUACAAGAAUCUAUAGAUGAGUGCUUCCAAAUUCUUUAUAAUGAAAACACAGACGACAAGUGUGAAUUUUCAAAGAACCUAAUGAUGUGUUUAUCGGAGAAGGGCCGAUCUAACUGCGACGAUUGGAAAGACGACUUUAAAAUGAAGUACUGAACACAUGCUGUAUAAUGUUAACCGUUUUUGUGUGUCAUAUCAUACCUACUAAUGUUUUUUUAAUGUGAUUUUGUUCCUUGUCAAUUUUAUUAUGGGUUUAAUAUACAGUGUAAUCAUUGCAAAA